UGUCACCAUGCCCAAAAAAGUCCUUACUCGGUAACUUUGCCAGAAGAGGGAGAGAGAGAGAAGGCAAAUGCUCCCCCAGCUGUUUCCUGUCUACAGUGUCUGUGUAAUGUAGAUAAAUGUGAGGAUUUUCUCUAAAUCCCUCUUCUGUUUGCUAAAUCUCACUGUCACUGCUAAAAUCAGAGCAAAUAGAGCCUGUGCAAUGGAAUAAAGUCCUCAAUAUUGAAAUGUGACAUUGCUCUCAACAGCCACAUCUCUCUGGAUUUCUUUUUUCUCAUUAUUUCUGAGAACAAAUUCAUUUCCAGACUUUGCACUUUUAAGAAGCAAUGGAAAAAAUCAAGAGUCUUUCAACACAAUUAUUAAAGUGCUGCUUUUGUGAUUUCUUGAAGGUGAAGAUGCACACUGUGUCCUACAUUCAUCUCUUCUACCUUGGCCUGUGUUUGCUUACCUUAACCAAUUCUGCCACUGCUGGCCCAGAGACACUCUGUGGUGCUGAGCUGGUUGAUGCUCUUCAGUUCGUAUGUGGAGACAGAGGCUUUUAUUUCAGUAAGCCAACAGGGUAUGGAUCCAGCAGUAGACGUUUACACCACAAGGGAAUAGUGGAUGAAUGCUGCUUCCAGAGCUGUGACCUGAGGAGGCUGGAAAUGUACUGUGCUCCUAUCAAGCCACCCAAAUCUGCACGCUCUGUACGUGCUCAGCGCCACACUGAUAUGCCAAAAGCACAAAGGGAAGUGCAUUUGAAGAAUACAAGUAGAGGGAACACAGGAAACAGGAACUACAGAAUGUAAGAAAAUGCCAUCCACAAGAAUGAAGAAUGAAUGUGCCAUCUGCAGGACACUUCACUGUAAAUAAAUUAUUUGUUAAACAUUGGAAGACUUAAAAACUAUAGUUUAAUAAGCUUGAUGAAAUCUCAACCAGUGGGCAUUCUCCCAAUAAACAAUGCAAGUAAACAUUCCAACAUCAAGUCUUUAGAGAGCAGAAUGUUAUAAACCAACCCAGUGCUAAAAACGUUCUGAGGUUGGUACAAUGCUGCUUGAGUAUUAACCUCUUAUAAAUGUCCUGCACGAAAACUCUUAAAAUCCUGUGCCCCUCAAAAGCCUGCAAAUUUAUGGGCCUUUGAUGGAUCCAAUUGCACUAAAUUAACCUAUGAACCCUGGCCACUGGAGUCAUUCAUCAGCCUUGGUGUAGAGUUGGGGGUUUGUUUUGUUUGGUCUUUUUUUUUUUUUUUGCACUUCUAUACAAGAACAGGCUGGCUGUUUUACAGUGUCUGAUAACUUUGUUUGUCUACCCCUUUCAUAUUUGCACAGUCUGAUAUUCCCAGUAGCAGCAGCAGUAAAGUAACACAACUUUUAGACAUCCAUUUAUUCCAUCUGUGGCAUUUUGACAGCAUAUGGGUUAAAUACAUUUAAGACAAAGCUUUGUUUUUCCACAUCUUGCUAAGAUGCAAAUAGCUGCAACUUGUGAGGCAAAUGAUUGUUAGAAACAGUUAAAGCAUAUGUAGGCUAUUAGACCAUCAAUGAUUGUUUCAGGUAACAAAUUGUUUUGCAACGGUAUAAAUAACUUUUUUUCCUCCAUAUAAUGCAAUAUGUAAAAUUUAGCAUAUCAAUAAUACACAUAUAUCAAACAGUAUGUAAAAUUCUCUUUUAUAGUACAAUGGUGCUAUUUUGUAAUCUGUUAUAUGAAAGGGUCUGGCCAAAACCGUAAAAGGUAAAAGUAAAUAUAGAAAACUAAGCCAAAGAUGAAAUAAAAGAAAGUAAGUAUAUAUAUUAUUUUUAAAAAGACUCAGUGCUUUAGAUUCUUAUUUCAAAAUUGUUUCUCACCUUCAAAAGAAAAUAAAGAUGUGAAGUUCUAAUAGUUUCCUUUUUGAGAUUUGGAUUCUAGUAUUUAUAGUAACACAUUAAUACAGUUACAGUAAUUCUGAACACAGACAUAUACACAUAGGCCCACUGAAGUAAAUAGAAAAACUUUUCAACAGUCUUCAAUAGGUAGGAUUAGGCCCUAAAUCCUUAAGAAACAUUAGUAUUCUGCUCUUAUAACAGGGGGUUAAUCAUACUCUUAUUUCUUCCCACAUCCCUAUGUGACUAAAUCGAGUGUUAAUUACACUGCAGCAUCCCUCUGUAAAUCAGAAAAGCUAACCUGAUCAUCAGUGACAAACAACAGAAGAAACAAUCUGCAAGGAGAAGUGGACAGAGCAGUUCUUUAGACUGUAACUUUGUACCUUUUAUACACCCAGAUACCCUGGAGAUGGAGGAAUAAAUUUGUAUGUUUCUAAUCGCUGCCAUUUCACAGAACCUUGAUAUGUGACACUCUGAUUGAAGGCUAAAACAGCUCUGAAAUAAAGGGUGAUGUGGAACCAACACUGUUGCAGAGGGAGCACCAGAAUGACCUACUAUGGGGAGGAGCACACCCCUUCAAGAUGUGCAACAUAGCUCUACUCUCUGCAUCUGGACAGCUUUGAGCUCUCCACCCCUUAGUAACUUUAAAGUGUUAAAUUACUAAAUUUCAGGAAAUAUCCUGACCUUCUAAAAUUUGAUACAAAAUAAGACUUAAUUACUACAUAGACUUGCACUGAAGUUUAAAAGAAAAGAGAGUUAAACCUGACUGUUGACUAACAAGCAGUGCAAAAAAGGGCUCAAUCUUUUACAUAUUGAAAUCAAUAUUUUUUUGCUAUUUACUUCAAUGGUCGCAAGAUUUGAGCCUACAUUCAAUCGUAAUUAGCACUAACCAUUAACGUUUUGAAAGGAUAGCACAAAUAAAUUCUCUGCACAGCUGGAAAAUUGUACAUAUAGAGUGAAAUUCUCACCUGUGAGGGGGGCCUGAACAAGGCUUAUUAUUAUUAUUUACAUUAUGGCAUAAAUAGGAACCACGAUCAGAGAACAGAGUCAUAUUGUACGGUACUAGCUCACAAACGUAAUAAAAAAGAUGGUCCCUGCCCAAGAGAACACAGAGCCUAGGUGUGUCUGCAAGGCUUGUGGUCCAUAGGCCUUGUAUGGGCCUUAGGCAGGAGUGAAUUUCAUCCAUAAGCAGUAGCCAUUUUCAGAUUGCCCUUUCUGUUGAUGGUUGGCAUGUAUGAAUGCAUGCAUGAAGCCUCUGGUAUGCCAAGUACAAUGGCUCAAUGGCCCUCAGUUUCAACAAGCAAAUGCAUUACAACUCAAGUUCAGAAAAGAACAUGUAGCAAUUUGCUUUACCUUUUACCGAUUUGGCCAACAAUGCCGAAGUGGUGCUAUUGUUUUGUUUAAGAAAGUACUUGACUAAAAUAUAAAAGAAAGCAUAUAAAUAUUUUUUUAAAGUAUGAAAAUGACAAUUAUAUAGAUAAGCUUAUUGAAAUAGAAAUGUCUAGCCAUAACUUUUCAAUUUUUUAAUCACAAAAAAGUUAUGAAGAAAUCUGCUAAAUUAUUGAGAUUGGGCCAGGGUAAGGGCUUUCAAACACAAUACAAUCAUCAACAUUUUAUUUCAAGUGGAUAUUAUAGAUGAAGAAAAGCAUUAUUUAAAGUCAUGAGACCAUGAGUCUGAUUCAAAGCCCACUGAAGUCAAUGGAAGGUCCCAUAUCAUUGAAAUCAGUGGUGGGUUCUGCUUAUAGUCCGUGACACAAUAUAGUCCAGGUUCUAAUUCAGGGAAUGAUUAAUCUGGAACUCCCUAUUUCUCCUGCCUAGCCCUCCAUCCUUCACUAUUAGCCCCAAGCAGUACAAUAAGAUUUUUGCUUGCACAGAAAAUAAUGCAAUACAUGUCUCUGAUCAUGUUGGGAAAAGAAGAAAAAGCAUUGCCAAUGAAAAACAGGUUAUCUUCUAAUACUAAGCAAUUCUGAGUUGUGAGAAAGAGUUGAAAGAUAUGGCUAAUAGUCUGUGAAUUUUUUUUUAACUUUAUAUGGUCACUAUGGACAGCAAUGUGCAAAAAAAUGACAGUUCAUUGUUUUAUUAUUUUUUGAAUGAGAGUUAGUAAGUUAAACCCAAAUAGAAAUUCUUUGAACCUAUAGGCUAGAAUACUUAUGUUCCGAUGAGGUUAUAAUCCAUCUAUUUAAAAUUAUUUUAAAGUUAUUUUUAGACUGAAAAGGAAUUGUGAUAAUUUAUUAGGGACUCAACCUAUACAGCUGGUUACUCUUUUAGGAACACUUCUUCAAUUCAAACAAAUCUUCAAGAUGCCAAAGUUUCACUCAAACAGACUUUUCCAUUGUUAUUUUUUCAAAUGGCAAAUCUAGCUAAAAUGCCUUUGCAUCACUGUUUUGUUUUUUUUAAAGGAUUUUUUUUCACAAAUUGACAAAACGUCUAAAUCUGCCUUGGCAAGACUCCUCACAAAUUAUCCAUUUUACCUGUGGAAAUAGCAUAAAGUAAAGCAAAUGGAUCAAAGUUCUGUCUUGAAAGAGAAAAAAAUCAUAAAUGCAAUUUUUUGUUCAUUUUAAUCCUACACUACACGUUUUGCUUGUCACAGCAUUGUAAUAUUUUACAGGACGAUCAUUGUCCAACACAAUACCUGAUAUAUACACAUCUUUUGUUUGAUUUUUACAUGAAGGAAGUUAUAAUAUCUGAAACUUGAUUACAUAUAGUACAGUAUAGAUACCAGUCUGACAGAGACAAAAACAAGGACCACCCUAAUGCUUACAUUACAUUAGGAAGUCUCAUACUGAUUGCAUAAAGGGUGUAUAUUGU